CUUCCGCCUGAGGAACGUUACAACGAGCGAAAUACAAAACGGGAAUUUUUUUUUCUCUUUUCUAUUUGGGUUCCAUUGACGGAGUUUUAUUUUGUUUCCUCCAUCAGGAUAACUCUCCCCAGAUUGCAGCACAAAUAUUUUUUUCCCUACACAAUCGGAAAGAUUGGGAAUUAAGAAAGAUGGAUGAAUCGGAGGUAAUUUUGAAGCUUCGACGUCAGUUGAAAGAGGCUGAAGAGGAGAGAAUAAAGGCAGCACAAUAUGGACUGGAACUGCUGGAGAGCCAAAGUGAGCUGCAGAAUCAGCUGGAAGAGCAGCGCAACGAAAUGACCGGCACCAUCGAUAACUUAGAACAGGAAAAGUAUUCUCUUCAGAGAGAAGUUGAGCUAAAAAGUCGCAUGUUGGACAGUUUAACUUCUGAAUGUGAUAAUCUAAAACAACAACAGAAAGUUUCACUUGAACAGCAACAGGAGCAGCUGGAGCGGAUUCAUAACAGAGAGAUGAGUGAAAUAAAAGAUAAGAUGGAGAAGUUGAAAGCUGAACUAGAUGAAGCAAGACUGUGUGAGAAGCAGCUGAAGCACAAGUUAGAUUAUCAGAGUGAGGUACUUGCCAAUAAAACAGAAGAGCUGCGAAUGAUGUCUGAGCGGGUUCACGAAACCAUGUCUUCGGAGAUGUUGACUCUUCAGCUGGAAAGAACUGAACUUGAAAGUGCAAAGGCUUCUUUAGAAGAAGAGAUGAAUGAACUGCAAUAUCGACAGCAACAGCUUGUGCUUGUAAAUGGCAAUCAGAGUCGACAACUGGAACGCCUCCAGGAGGAAAAGGAAGAGAGGGAAAAAGAAGCCGUUUCAUACUUCAGUGCCUUAGAGAAAGCUCGUGAAGCAAACCAAGAACUGCAAAUUCAGCUUGACCAAGCACUGCAGCAGGCUCAAGACCCAAAUAGUAAAGGAAACUCUUUAUUUGCAGAGGUAGAAGAUCGCAGGGCUGAAAUGGAGCGUCAGCUGAUCAGCAUGAAAGUUCAGUAUCAGUCGCUCCAAAAACAACAUGCUUACUCCAGACAGCAAAUGCAUAGAAUGAAGGUUCAAAUUGCAACAUUGCUGCAGCUGAAAGGUUCUCAGACCGACCCUGGGCAACUUGAGCGAUUGCAGUCUAUGGUUGCUCAGAAGAAUAGUGAAAUCGAAACACUUGUUAUGAAAGUGCGACAGUUAGAGAAAUGUCAGCAAAAUUCUGAAAAUGGGCAGUCAAGAAAUGACAAUGGUGAUUCAAGACAGGACGAUGACACAUAUUAUGUUGAUUUACUUAAAAUGAAGCUGGAGAAUUCAAGUAAGGAGAUCGAUAAAAUUAAGGAUGAGUUAUCUUUGCAACGUAUGAAGGCUUUAGCUGAGAGCCAGCGCGUUUUGGAGUUGGAGCGGAAGCUGUUUACUAACGACAGACAUCUUAAGCUUUCACAAAGCGAAAACAUGAAACUGCGUGUCAGUUUGGACGAAAUCAAAAUGAAAUAUGAACCUGAUGAAAUUGUCAAAUUUCGAAUCCAGAAACGAAGAAGAGAACAGCUUCCGCUUGACUGCCCAUCAGAUGAUACCUCUGGGAACAAAGACACAAUAAUCAACUCUGAUCUCCCUCAAACUGUAAAAGAAGAGGAUGAAUGCAACAAACACUCGCUUGAGGAUCAUUCAUCGGAAGAGAAAUCUGUGCCUACAUCGGAACAACCUUUGACCUCUGUCUCCACAAACCAUAACAAUGCAACUAGUAGCCAACCUGUUAGAGAGAGAAAACGAGUGAGAAUUCUAGAAGAUGAACAGGAAAUUCAGGCUUUAAGUAAAAGCAACACAAAUGAUUGCUCCAUUACAUCUACUUCCCCCAGGUCAACAUCCGAUGAGUCAAGAUUUGAAACAAAGAAACACGAUGAGAGACAGAUGCGAAACAGUGAGAGGAAAUCACGACUAAAAGCACAUCCUGUUCUCCACGUAUCUUCAAAGCCAGCUGCUGUAACGCAGUGUCCACAGCAGUAAUUACAUCCUAUCCUCUGCUUUAUACAAAAUGUUUAUAUGUACACAAAACUGCCUUUUUAUUUGACACCAACUUUUAAUGUAGGCAUAUCAUGCUAAUAAUCUAAUAUAUAUAAAUAUAUAUAUAUAGUUUUAUGAAAUGUUUACUGUUCUAUUAAAGUGUAGGUCUAGUUGGUAAUGCUUCUAAUUCAUCUGUAUAUAAUUGACAUAAUAUCCUACUAUAUGAACAUGUGUAUUGCAUAUUGUGUAUGUGUGAUAUGAUACUAAUAAAAUUACAUCAUUAGAAUAA